AUGGAUAGACAUGGAAUAGACAUGAUUUAUAAGACUGAUUCUUCAAGAUUGAUGACAAUGAGAAAUAACACUGAAACCUUAAGCAAUAUAUUAUGGUUAAUAUUAGUCAUCAACAAUGCGGGAUUUGAGAGUCGGCCAGGAUUAGGGUUAUAAUUAAUUGAAUAGCAAAUCCCAGAGAGUUGUGCUGAUGAAGACAAUGAGUUGUAUGCUUCAGAAAAUUCAUCGGUUUCAAAUCAAAGUGGACAUCCAAGUAGAAGGGAAUCAAAACUCGAGUCCAUUAGUAAAGUGAUGAAGGAAACCCAAAAGAUUUAAUCGGAUGAUCUUCAUUAACCCAUUGGAGGCUGGGAUAACAAAAUAUGGUAAAAAGGAGCAUUAAGAAUUAUGACUUACGUUAUUAGAUUUGUGAUGGCAUUAUUAAUCAACUCUGAGAAGUUCAAAUUUACCUUCAUGAAAAAAAGGUAAUUCUAUGCCAUAAAUGAUUAAUCAGCCGUAUUUGAUUAUUAUGAAGAGCGAUUUUUAAUACGAGGCAAAAAGAAGCUCAGCUAUUCAUAAAUGCUUAAAUUAAGGAUUCAAAAUAAUUGCUUAUAUUAGUCUUGCCAUAUAUUUUUGUAAUAUUUUGUUUACAAGAUCAUCUUUAUUAUAGUACCAACUAGCACACCUAAGCUAAUAUGGGAUGUGUUCCUAUUGAUAAUUUUAUCAAUUCAAAUGGUCUUUGUGCCAUUAAAGAUUUGUUUUUAAAUGGACGUUUCAUAAGAGUUGUUGCAGUUUUUUUUAUUCACACUGCCACUCUAUGUCUACUUGAUAGAAAUCUUAUUGAAUUUUUUGACAGGAUUUUAUGAACAUGGAGUAUUGGUAAUAGAUUAGAAACAAAUUGCUUUGCAUUAUUUAAAGUCUACAUUUUGCUAUGAUUUAUUGAGUGUGAUGCCUUAGUUUAUAAGUGUUAUAAGCAAUGAAUCUCAAAUUUUUGAGAUCCUAUUAUUAAUACGCUUGAAAAGAUUGAUAUUGUUGGCAGACACUCUAGAAGAGACUUUAAAUUUAAGAUAAAAUUAUUAAACAUUUAUAGAUGUGGUUCGUUUGUUGAUACAGUUUCUGUUUUUGUCUCACCUAUUUGGUUGUGUUUGGCAUUACAUAGGAGUCUUAGAAGAAGAAUUUGGAUAUGAUCAGAAUUGGAUCAAGUAGAAAAACAUAGACGGAGAGUCCUGGUUCGUGAGAUAUGUUUUCUCGAUAUACUGGAGUUCGAUUACCACAUUAACCAUUGGAUAUGGAGAUGUCAUACCAGUUAGUUCUGUUGAAAGAAUGUUUGUCGUAAUAGUGGCUGUAGUAAGCAGUGUGGUGUUUGCAUAUACGAUUUCUAGUAUUGGAAAUAUUUUUAGUUAAUUAAAUGAAAAUAAGAAGAAUUAAAGGCAUAAAAUGUUUCUAAUAAAGAAAUUUAUAGAUGAAAGAAAUGUAAAUAAAGUAUUGGCUAACAAGGUCAAAAAGUUUUUUGAAUAUUUUAUUUAGAUUGAUCACACUUCAGAUAAUGAAUGUGUUAAAUUGAUUGAGAAAUUGGAUCCUACUUUGAAAACAGAAUUGAAGAUAGACAUCUAUAGAAAAUUUAUAUAAAAUUCUAAAUUAAUAUCAACUACUUUCUCUGAUUUAAUGUUGAAGGAAAUUUGUUAAUUGGUCAAAGAAAAAUAAUAUAUGCCAGAUGAAUUUAUCGUAAUUUCAGACUAAGAAAUUAAUGAGUUGUAUUUUGUGUUGGAAGGAGAAAUUUCCCUCAUUGUGGAAUUAAAUAAAUAAAAGAACAAAUUCUCAUAAUUGUCUCUAAUAAAAAAAAAUGAGGUUUUGGGAGAAAAGUAUUUUCUUACUAAUGCUAAAUUACCAUUUUCAGCCAAAGCCCAGAGUUUUGUUAGAGUUGCUGUCUUGGAUAAAUAAUAGUUUCACCUCUUACUUCAAAAAUAUCCAGAAGAAUUCGAAAAAUACAAAUAGGCACUCAACAAAGUGUAAUUGCAAGAAAGAAUUAAAUUGUCAGGUUGCGAACUCUGCUAUCAAAACCAUAAAGUCUUAGAGUGUCCUUUUGUCUUUUAUUAACCAAACAUUCGGUUUGUAGUUAAACGAUAGUACGCUUAGGAAUAAGCAAGGCAAUUGCAUGAACGUAGAUAAGCUAAAUCUCAUAAUUCUAAAAGUGAUCGAUUAGGCAUAUAAUAUCGUUUAGUGACAUAUGCUUUAGAGAAUAAUUUAAUUUAAGAAGAAUCUAUCAAUGAUUCCAUAAUUAAGAAAAUGGACUUGUAAUGCUUAGAACAUCAAAAAUACUUAUUCAGAACAUGUACUGAUUCUUCUAUUAAUACUCUUAUCAAAAAUAACCUUAACCCUACCUUUUAGAGUGGAGGCAAGGAAAGUCCACAUGAAAGUCAAGAUCAAAUAAUGAGAUAAAAUUCAAAUAACACUCAUAAUCCUAGACCCAGCUUCACAGGAAUAGGAAGUACAAAAUAAAUGUCUACUUUGAAAUUUAUUAAGAUGGGUAGCAAAAAGCUAGAUAAGUAAGAAUCUUGUUAAAAAAUUGAAUUGAAAGUGCCUGACAAGGUAGUCUUGUAAGAUAUUUGUGAACAUUCUUCAGAUUCCGAUUAGCAAUCACCUGAUAAGACAAAGUUAACCAAAUAAAAUAGUUUCACUUUUUGUGCUUCAUCUGACUUUAAGACUCAAUUAAAGAUAGAGUAUUAUUAAAAACUAAUCAUUAAUGAAUUGGAUGGAUUGGAUAAAUAUUAAGAAUAUUAGUUUUAUUAUCCUUAAUACAAUGUUGAAAGAGUGAUUGAGACGAUUAAUGAGAAGUAUAAGUUAAAAAGACUCAAGCAAUCUAAAUCACUGAUCAAAAGACAAAGUAGAUAUCUAUCAUCUUAUCCAACGAUAUCAAUAAGAAGGAAAAGAAGUGGAAUUGUUGGGGAAGAAAUAAUACAUGAGAAUUGA